AUGGCGCCGCCCGUCCCGCUGUUGGCAGUGCGUGGCUCCCAGGGGACCUCUCUGUUUUCUGGACCAAAGUGUGAGACUUCAGCUUUUCCCACAGACCCUGCCUCCAGCCGCUCCCUGUGCUUCAGUGCAGAUGGAGCUCUGUUCGCCUGGUGUAACUCCAGAGGAGUUCAUGUGGUGAACACUGGUGAUGGUUCGUCGCUGUUGACUCUGGAACUUCCCAAAACGGUUCUGAUCCAGUUUUCUCCAAAGAACAACAUCCUGUCGACAUGGCAACCAUAUACCAAAUCGGCUCAGAGCACUCAUGGAGAAGCUAACCUGCAGCUGUGGGACCUGAAGACUGGAGCUCUGCUGAAGGCUCUGUUCCAGAAGAAAAUGGAGCAGUGGUGUCCUAGCUGGUCGGAAGAUGAGGUCAUCGCUGUUCGCUGCGUCAACAACGAGCUGCACUUCUACGAAAACAACAACUUCAACACAAUCGUAAACAAACUGCACAUGCAGAAAGUGUCUGACUUCAGCCUCUCACCGGGAGUUCAGCCGAGCAAGAUUGCAGUGUAUGUGCCGGGCAGUAAGGGGGCGCCUUCCUUCGUCAGACUGUAUCAGUAUCCAGUGUUAGGAGGUCCCACCGCAGCACUCGCCAACAAGAGCUUCUUCAAAGCCGACAAAGUAGAUCUGAACUGGAACCGCAAAGCCUCUGCCGUCCUGGUCACUGCCAGCACAGAUGUGGAUAAGAGCGGAGCGUCUUAUUACGGAGAACAGACUUUGCACUUUCUGAACGUGAACGGAGAAACUGCACUGGUGCAACUAGGGAAAGCGGGGCCCAUCUAUGACGUGGCGUGGAGCCCGAGCAGCGGUGAGUUCUGUGUGGUUUACGGCUUCAUGCCGGCGAAGGCCACGGUCUACAACCUGCAGUGUGACCCAGUGUUCGACUUCGGGACUGGCCCCAGGAACGCUGCCUACUACAGUCCUCAGGGACACAUUCUGGUCCUCGCCGGCUUUGGAAACCUCAGAGGGCAGAUGGAGGUUUGGGACGUCAAGAAAUACAAGCAGGUCUGCAAGCCUCAGGCUCCUGACUCCACCCACUUCUCUUGGUGUCCUGAUGGCGAGCACGUUGUCACGGCGACCUGUUCCCCUCGGUUACGAGUGUCCAAUGGGUUUAGAGUGUGGCAUUACACUGGUGCUGUGCUCCACCAAUGGGAGGCCGGGGAGGCGGAGCUAUGGGAGGUCCGCUGGCAGAGCGCCCCCUACGGCAGAUACCCAGAACGACCAAUCAGUACACAGACCACGCCCACCGCUCUGGGCUCCACACAAGCUCCGCCCACACAGGCAUACAGGCCUCCUGCACUGAGACAUCUGCCGCCUUCUAGCUCCAGCAAACUGCACGAGGAGGAGCCCCCCCAGAGUCUUCGUCCUGAGAAGAGUUUGUCAAAGAACGCUUUGAAAAACCAGCGCAAGAGAGAAGCCAAGAGAAGCGCCAAGAUGGAGGCUCCCGACAGCCAAUCAGAGCCUAGUUGCCCACCAGAGCCCGCCCCCAACAGCCAAUCAGAGCCUAGCAGUGGCGACCCAGAGACUGACAAGAAAAUCAAGAACCUCAAAAAGAAACUUAAAGCUAUAGAGGAUCUUAAGGAGCAGCAGCGUUCAGGGAAAACGCUGCAGAAAAACCAGCUGGACAAACUCCAGAAGGAGCAUCAGCUCCUGGAGGAGCUCCAGGCUCUGAGCCUGUAG